UGAAUUUACAGGCUUAUCCAGCCGCUGGUGCUAUGUCAUAACCUCGCUAGCAGGCAGCAAACUGGAGGGGAUAAAGCUGGAUCGGGCAUCCUUUGCCUCACCCAAUGUAGUCGAGCAUCGAUGGUGUCGGUGGAGCAAAAAGCCCUGCAGUAAUGUUUUUGAUACCAAAUUAAGACAAUAAGGACGAGCUUUUUUCACCUCGACCGACUGGAGAGAGAGGGACCACGGCUCGUACAAUUCAUGUACCAAAACCCCUUGUUUAUGAGGAUCUGUGGAAAGUUUCCUGGGCUGUGUCCUGUUUAAAAUGGCCAUCCUGAGACAAUUUGGACUGCUGGUGUGGAAAAAUUAUCUUCAGCAGAAACGUCAGAUCCUGGUAACUCUGGUGGAGAUACUUCUUCCCCUGCUUUUCUCUGGCAUCCUCAUAGUGCUGCGCCAGAAGGUUACUUUUAAGGACUACCCAAAUGCCACAAUCUACGAGAGCUACUCUGUCGACUAUCUCCCUAAAACAUUCCUGCGAAGCUUACAGCUGGCAUAUGUCCCUAGUAACUCCAGUGUGGUGCGUCAAGUGGCAGAGGAUGUGCGAGAAAGCCUGGUUCUGUCUGCAGUCCGUGGCUUUGAGACGGAGGAGCAGUUUGAGAACUACGUGAGAAAUGACCCUCUGUCAGGAAAGCUGCUGGCUGCUGUUGUGUUUGAACACCCCUUCACUCAUGAUGAUGAACCCUUGCCACUGAAGGUGAGCUACCACCUGCGCUUCACCUUCACCCCCCGUAACGCCCCACCAAAAGAGAAGUCAGAGCUGAACCCGAACAGUGACCUGGACUGGCACACGCUCAGCCUCUUUCCACUUUUUCAGCUUCCAGGGCCACGAGAACAAUAUGACAAGGAAGGAGGCACACCGGGCUAUUUCCGUGAGGGCUUCCUGGCAGUGCAGCAUGCAGUGGAUCGAGCCAUCAUGCGCUCCUACAACAGAACUGCUGCUGUACCCCUGCUGCGACAGGUCAGGGUGGUCCUAUCACGCUUUCCUUACCCUGCUUUUAUAUAUGAUGUCUUCAUACUGGCUAUUCAGAACCAGCUGCCCCUUCUGCUGGUACUCAGCUUCACCUACACUUCCCUCAACAUAGUGCGAGCUGUGGUGCAGGAAAAAGAAAGGAAGCUUAAGGAGUACAUGAGGAUGAUGGGACUCAGCAACUGGCUCCAUUGGAGUGCCUGGUUCCUGAUGUUCUUCCUCUUCCUCUCCAUUUCAGUCUUUUUUGUUACUCUGCUUCUUUGUAUCCAGGUGAGCCCUAACGGGGCUGUGUUGACCUACAGUGACCCCACACUAGUCUUUGUCUUCCUGCUGCUCUUCACUGUGGCCACCAUCAACUUCAGCUUCAUGAUCAGUGCCUUUUUCUCAAGAGCCAACGUGGCGGCAGCAGCAGGAGGCUUCAUGUAUUUCCUCAGCUACCUGCCUUAUUUGUUCCUGUGGCCACGCUAUGACUUACUAAGCCAUGCCCAGAAGGUGUCAGCCUGCCUUAUCUCCAAUGUGGCCAUGGCCAUGGGAGCACAGCUCAUAGGAAUGUUUGAAGGCAAAGGUACAGGAAUCCAGUGGUCAAACUUGUUUGACCCUGUGACGGUGGAUGAUGACUUCUCCCUGGCCCAGGUUUUGUGCUUGCUGCUGUUUGACUCUGUGCUGUAUGGACUGGUGGCCUGGUACAUGGAGGCAGUUUUUCCUGGGGAGUAUGGAGUGCCUUUGCCAUCUUACUUCUUUUUACUGCCUUCAUACUGGUGCAGCAGCCCUCGCAUGGCUUUGGUGAAUGAGAAGGAGGAAGAGGAGGAUGCAGAAAAGGCCCUGAAAGGAGAGUUUAUAGAGGAGGAGCCAGCUGGGCUUGUCUCUGGGAUAAAGAUUAAACAUCUUACUAAGGAGUUCAAAGUGGGAAACAAGACUCGACAAGCUGUACAAGAUCUGACACUGAACAUGUUUGAGGGACAGAUCACAGUGGUGCUGGGACACAAUGGUGCUGGGAAGACCACAACACUAUCCAUGCUUACAGGCCUGUUUCCUCCCACCAGUGGCCGGGCCUAUAUCAACGGUUAUGAUAUUUGUCAGGACAUGGCUCUGAUCCGACGGAGUCUGGGACUCUGUCCUCAGCAUGACGUAUUGUUUGAUAACCUUACAGUGAGAGAGCACCUCCUCUUCUACACACAGUUAAAAGGCUACUCAAAAGAAAAGAUUCCAGAAGAGGUUGAUCGGAUCAUCCGCAUCCUGAACCUUGAGGACAAGCGGCAUGCUCGCUCUAAGACCUUAUCUGGUGGCAUGAAGCGAAAGCUUUCUAUUGGCAUUGCCCUCAUAGGAGACUCAAAGGUUGUUAUGCUUGAUGAGCCCACUUCAGGUAUGGAUCCGUCUGCACGACGUGCUACCUGGGACCUUCUGCAGGGGGAAAAACGUGGUCGCACCAUCCUGCUCACCACCCAUUUUAUGGAUGAGGCUGACCUGCUUGGUGAUCGUAUUGCCAUCAUGGCAGGAGGAGAGCUGCAGUGCUGCGGGUCACCACUCUUCCUCAAGAACAAAUAUGGUGCUGGCUACCACAUGGUGAUAGUUAAGGAUGCUCUUUGCAAUGUGUCCGAGAUCACCCGCCUUGUUCACAUGUAUGUUCCAAAUGCUACACUGGAGAGCAGUGCUGGAGCUGAGCUCUCUUAUAUUCUACCUAAAGAGAGCACCAGCAGGUUUGAACUAUUGUUUGCUGAGCUGGAGAUGAACAGAGAGGAGCUGGGCAUUGCCAGCUUUGGAGCCUCAGUGACCACAAUGGAGGAGGUUUUCCUCAGGGUAGGAAAACUGGUAGACUCUAGUUUAGACAUACAGGCUAUCCAGCUGCCAGCCCUUCAGUACCAGCAUGAGAGGCGCUCCCAUGACUGGACCACAGAUGAUGCCAGCAGCAUCAGCGGCCUCACUGAUGUCACCGACUUCACAGACAGUGGCACACUCAUCUCAGAGGACUGCUCAAAUAUCAAGUUGAACACUGGGAUGAGACUACAUCUGCAACAGUUCUAUGCCAUGUUCCUGAAGAGGGCACUGUAUAGCUGGAGAAACUGGAAGGUCAUGGUAGCACAAUUCCUGGUCCCUUUGAUUUUCACAGUUGUGGCCUUAGUUGUGGCACACACCUUUCCCAGUCACCAGGAUGCUCCCCAGCUGAGGUUCGCACUCAAUCGCUAUGGUCCCACCAGGGUCCCUGUGGCCCUGCAGCCUGGUGCAGGUCCCCUUGCCUCUGCCUUGGCAGACACAUACACAUCCCAGCUCUCCACCCAGCUUGGUGAACUCAUCAACAUAACAGACUUCACUGAUUACAUCCUUAACCAGCUAAAGGAAGAAGGCGGCAGCUUUAAUGAGCGGUGUGUGGUGGGUGCCACCUUCCGUGGCAGCAGCCGCCAGUAUGCAGAAGCAACAGCCUACUUCAACAAUCAGGGCUACCACACACCUGCUACAGCCCUCAUGAUGGUGGACAAUGCUCUCUUCAAACUUCUUGCUGGGCCUAAUGCUUCCAUACAGACAGGCAACUUCCCCAUGCCACGCAACCUGUCUGAGGCUGCACGGAGCCAGCUCACAGAGAGUAAGACCGGGUUUGCCAUUGCCAUCAACCUAAUGUAUGGCAUGGCCUCCCUGUCCAGCACUUUUGCAUUGCUGCUGGUAACGGAGUCCUCUAUCAAGUCUAAGCAUGUGCAGCAGGUCAGCGGCGUCUACUUGUCAAACUUCUGGUUUUCCGCCCUGCUGUGGGACCUGGUCAACUUCUUGCUGCCCUGCCUCCUCAUGCUGGUGGUAUUUCAGGCAUUUGGAGUAAAGGCUUUUGUGGAGCACAACCACCUUGUAGAUGUGCUGUUGUUACUGCUGCUGUAUGGCUGGGCAGUUGUGCCUCUGAUGUACCUGCUCAGCUUCCUCUUCUCCACUGCUGCUACCGCCUACACACGCCUCACCAUCUUCAACAUGAUCUCUGGCACUGCUACCUUUCUGGCUGUCACCAUCAUGACCAUCCCAGAACUGAACUUGCAGGACAUGUCACACUUACUGGAUAAAGUUUUCCUGAUCUUCCCAAACUAUUGCCUGGGCAUGUCUUUUAGCCAGUUCUACCAGAACUACGAAUACAUCUCAUUUUGCACCUCCAGUCCUGUCAGCCGCGUAAUCUGCAAAUACUUAAACAUCACAUACCAGACAAACUACUUCUCAAUGUCAGAGCCUGGUGUUGGGCGCUUUCUCGUGGCCUUCUCCGUGCAGGGUGUUGUCUUCAUCAUUCUGCUGUUUGUCAUCGAGUUGCAGUGUAUCCGCACUGUCUGGCGACUCCUCACUUCCCUGUGCAGAAGACGCAAACAGUUGCCUCUUAUAGAGGAUGCAGCAUUCCAACCAGAGGACAGAGAUGUGGCUGAUGAGAGGAAGAGGGUUCUGGAGUGCCAGCCGAUGGUGGAGUCUAUGGUUGGGAGCCCCCUCAUAUUGCAGGAGCUCAGCAAGGUGUACAGCAGCGGGGAAAGUCUUCUGGCUGUGGACAGGCUGUCUCUCGCUGUAGGAAAAGGAGAGUGUUUUGGCCUCCUGGGCUUUAAUGGGGCAGGGAAGACCACAACGUUUAAGAUGCUGACAGGCGAUGAGAGUGUUACAUCUGGGGACGCAUACAUUGAUGGAUACAGCAUCUUGAGGGACAUUAAGAAGGUUCAGCAGCGCAUAGGUUACUGUCCUCAAUUUGAUGCCGUCCUGGACCACAUGACAGGAAGAGAGACUCUGUGUAUGUAUGCCAGACUCAGAGGAAUACCAGAGAAAUAUGUGUCUGGCUGUGUGGAGAAUGUCCUGAGAUCACUGCUGCUUGAACCUCACGCUGAUAAACUAGUCCGCAGCUACAGUGGCGGUAACAAGCGUAAGCUGAGCGCAGGCAUGGCUCUGAUUGGUGGGCCUCCUGUUAUCUUCUUGGAUGAACCUUCAACGGGGAUGGACCCUGUGGCCAGGAGGCUGUUGUGGGAUGCUAUUACACGCACGCGAGAGUCUGGCAAGGCCAUAAUUAUUACAUCUCACAGUAUGGAGGAGUGUGAGGCCCUGUGCACCAGGCUGGCAGUGAUGGUCAACGGUCAGUUCAAGUGCCUUGGGAGUCCCCAGCAUCUAAAGAGCAAGUUUGGCAGCGGAUACACCCUGCUGGCUAAAGUCCAUGUAGAGGCUGAGUUGGAGGACAGCGACCUGCUGCUUUUUAAAGACUUCAUCGAAAGCACCUUCCCAGGAAGUCAACUCAAAGAUGAGCACCAGGGAAUGGUGCACUACCAUUUGACUGACAAAGCACUAACAUGGGCACAGGUGUUCGGCACUUUGGAGGCAGCCAAAGAGAAAUACCACAUUGAAGACUACUGUGUGAGCCAGAUAUCACUUGAACAAGUGUUUCUCAGCUUUGCCCAGUUCCAGCACUGCACUCAGACUGGGAGCAAGUAGGAGACGGGAAUCUGUCCAUCGUCCACUUUCUGCAGUGCGUAUGUAUAAGCUGUGUAAAAGGACUGAACACAGGCUGGAGCAGAUCAUUGUUAUCUCCAGCUGAUUUUUACCAACACACACUUGAUAGUCUGGUCUCAAACAUUUUUAUUUGGCCGCACCGAUUUGUUUGCUCCUUCAUGCUGUUUGUUGCUAUGUGAAUGUAGGGACACUGAUGUUGAUUUUUUUUGUCAUGAUCAUGGCGUGUGGGCUCUUGAUUAUACCAUUCAAUGAAAUCUCUUCUCUGCACUUUUAAUAGUGACGUCAAAAACAAAGAAAUUACUAAACCACUACACUAAACUGUGUGUGACAGGGUUUGUUUGCAUAUGCGUGCGCAUUAAGCAUCUGUACAUAUUUUUGUUUUUGUUAUUUAUGACUUUUAUUACCGUCUUAUUGUUCCAAGAAUUUAUUGUGCUUUUUCUUGGUGAUCAUCAGUCAUCACAAGAGAAUGAACCACUCAUACUGAUGUGAUUGUAAAAUCAUUGCACACCUUAGAGCCAUUUUUAACAAAUGAGGAUUUUUGUUUCUUUACUUUGCCUUUUGCAGAUAAACUGGUCAUCCUCAAGAAUCUCUUAAUGUUGUUCGCAUAUGUACAUAAUUUGACAUGUUCUUGGUACUAAAACCACUGACCCCAUUCAAGACUAUUUAUUUGGGCUCAAUAAGGAAUGCAUGCAUAAAAGCAUCACACAAAGCAUGAGAAAGAGGGGAAAAAAGGAAGAGACCCGCUAGUGACCAAUACAGGACCAUGCUAACUGAAGUUUUACCUUUACUCUCUACUUAUUCCAUUCUGAGAAGAGUCACUACUUCUCUGUUGUCAGUUCUUGUGAUGCAAUCAUUCUGUUUUUUGCUGACAAGUUACAGCAGCAGUGUGCGAUGGGAUGUUAGCCAUUACAGUUUACAUGAAGGUUGAAUUAAAUCCUGAAGUCAGUGCAUGAUGCAGGAGGCUAUUUUCACAUGCUGCUGGGGUAGCAGUCAAAUUUGAAGUCUUGUUGUGAGUGAUUUGGACCUACGUAUGUUUCCCUGUAGCUGUGUGGGAGUGCUGCAGAGAGUAUUGCAGCACAGUUCCUAAAUUCAUUAGAAUUUUUCUGCACUACCGGAUGACAAACUUUAUAAACUGAGUGAUUGUCACUGUUCAGUAAAGUUAAAAAAAAAAAAAGAAAAAAAAAAAA